UUCUUCUUCUUCUUCGUUCUCAACUUCACCUUAAUCUCACGUUUUUUUCAGAACAAGAAGAACAAGAUCAGGAACAAUCUUGGCACUGUUUCUUCAUACUGUUUUUGAUGGAUUCACGUGAUACUCCACCUCCACCACUUUCUGCACCGUCCAACAUGGCGAUCGGAGGACCGUCGGCGUAUUCAACCGCCAUGACCAACGCCAACAACAAUGCCUCUUCCAAUAUGGCUCUCUUUCCGCCUACCUCUCAGAUGAUGCCGCCUUCUGCGCGAUUUCCGUUCAAGUCUGUGAUCUCCCCUGCGUCCCUGCAUUUGGAUUCUAUGAACGCUUCUCCUUACGACGGAACGCAUUCCGGAAAUUUCAAUGUCGAUUCCGGAAAGAAAAGGAGAGGCCGGCCGAGGAAGUACGAUCCUGAUGGUAAUAUCAUCGCCUUGGGUUUGGCACCUACCACUGUUGUUACCUCUUCUGUUGUGCACGGGGAUUUGAGCGCUACUCCUGAUUUGGAGCAACCGGUCAGGAAACCGAGGGGAAGGCCGCGGGGCUCUGGAAAGAAACAGACGAAUGCUCUUGGUUCAAGCGGCACUAGUUUUACUCCUUACGCCGUAUUGGCGAAGCCUGGAGAGGAUGUAGUAGCCAAAAUUUUGUCAUACUCACAGCAAGGAACACGAACCGCCUUUAUUCUCUCUGCAAAUGGUACCAUCAGUAAUGCUACCCUUAGACAUUCGGCAUUGUCUGGUGGUUCUGUGACAUAUAAGGGCCAGUUUGAGAUCAUCUCUCUGUCAGGCCCCAUUUUUCCCUUGGAGAACAAUGAAACUGGAAGUAGAACAGGUGGUUUGAAUGUGCUCCUGGCUGGGUCAGAUGGACAGGUUCUUGGUGGUGGUGUUGCAGGAAUGCUCAUGGCAGGUUCUCAAGUACAGGUGAUUGUGGGAAAUUUUCUGGAGGAUGAUAAAAAUUUCAACACCACAAGUAUGCUGAAUUCUGGAUCGUCUUCAGCGCCAUUACAAAUGAUGAACUUUGGUGGUGGUGGUGGUGGUGAUGCAGCAUCGUCGUCAUCAGCAGUAGCAGCAGCAGCAGCAGCCAGCCCUCGAUCGUUAGGGGCAUCGAGCGGGGAGUCAUCUGCUGAAAACGGAGAGAGCCCUCUUAAUAAUAGGCAUCCUGGAAUGUUCAAUAAUAAUAAUAAUACCAGCCAGCCGAUGCACAAUAAUAAUCAGAUGUACCACCAAUUAUGGUCAGGCCAAACGCAGCAGUGAGGCUUUGUGUUUGCAACUAACAGUGAAGUGCUCAUCGUUUUUGUGAAUCUAACUUCCGCUCUUAAUUACCAAAAGCAUUUUAGAUUAGGCUUUAAAUUUAUAUUGCUAUCUUUUCUUCUCACUUUCUGCAGCACCCAACCACAUAGGUUCAACCGAUCAAAGGCUUGCAUUAGCCGAGUUUUGACCAUGUUUUUUUGGUCGAUAGCUAAAGUUAACUUCGG